GUAGCGUCGAGGACCAUGUCGAACUCAGUCAGUCGGCUACAGAAUGUGUAGUGGUGAAGUUGAUUGUAGAUGUGAGUGUGUUUAUCAUCUGUUUGAAAGAGAUGGUGCGUGACCGUGCCGGUAGUUUGUUGGUUGGGAAAUAACUCUUGGUAGAAACUAUUGUUGAAAUUUCCACGAAUCGCAUACAAUAAUCGACUCUCGACCGAUCGACUUUCGAUAAAUUUUUCAACUCUUGCCUCGGUUUGUGCUUGCGUGUGAGCGCGGCGUGUUGUGUGUCAGUGAUCUGAGUGAUAAGGACAGCAGCUGUCUCCCCGAUUGGAUAUUUACGACUUGACAUCAGGAUCCUGAGGAUCGUGUUUCGGGAUCAGGAUGGACAGAGGCGGCGCCGCAGCCACCCUGCAAUCAGCUGAUUUGGCAUCUUCGGGCGCCAACGGCCUUGAGUCGUCUUUCCGGCAACAGGCGGCUCAAAAAACGACAACACUCAGCACGAUUGUGGUCAACAGCGGCAGCACGCGAGUUGUUAUCGCUCUCGUUCAAACAAAAGAUUGGCUGGAACUGAAAGUACUUGAAUUAACUCCUGCGCUUACAUUACUUGGUAUCGACUUAGAAGAGGCUCUCCAGCUACAACAAGCACACAAUGAAGUCCUCCUUAGAAUACAAAGCAAGCAAAGUCCGGUGGAGGAGAUGCUGCGGAAGGCUGAUGAACUCAUUGCCAGCCAGAAGGGUGGCAGAGCCGAGGUGUAUGCAGCCAUGGCUGACUCCCUAGCGGUGGCCUGGCAAGAUGUCAACACGCAGCUGCACAGGCGAAAAACAAUAUUGGACUUCAAUGUCAGAUAUCACAGAAAUGCAACACUAUGCCUCGAACGAACCAGAGCGCUUGAGAUGAGUGUGUGCGGUGGGGCGCCUCUGCCCGUCGAGGUGUCGGCCAUCGAGGAGCUGCUGGCGAGGCUGCACCAGGCUCGGCGAGCCAUGCUCGAGUCACUCAUGCUCGCCCUGCAAGAUGGCCGCUGUCUGCUCGAUGAGCUGCAGGCCAUCGCUCAGGAAGGAACACUCGACUCGAGACCUGAUCACAUCAGGACGGCUGCAAAUUGUGCCGUCUCACAGGUGGAGCAUUGGCUUGAAAAUCUACACGACCGCAGGCGUUUAUUGGAGGUGUCUUAUAAUGAGAGGAAAAUACAGCUGGAACAGUGCUUGACGUUAGCCCUGCUGACAAUAGAUCUGAGGCAGCUGGAAGGCGUACUCGAGAAACGACAGGAAUCACUGGCCAGGAGCAGGGACGAGCUGGGAGACUCCGAAGCCAGCUCUCAGCUCCUGUUGCACGAACAUCGCAAGCUGAUGCCUCAAGCCAAAGACUUACAAGAAAAAGGAUUGAAAAUCCUGAAGGCAUCAGAAGAACUCCAAGAAUCAGGACACUUUGCCGGAGAAGAAGCAGUCGCACAAGCUUAUAAACUACUCAACAAUGCAUCUGAAUACAUUGAAGAUACUGAAACCCGUGACGAUUUACUCAUGAAAGCAAACUCUUUCUUCAGAUCUGCUCAGACGGCUAUUACCAAGCUGGAUCAAUUAGAAGUGCAGUUGAAUACAGCGGACUUUACUGCUACUCCUGCGCAGUUAGCAGCUCUCCAUGGAAAUAUUACACGUGCUAUCGAAAGUGCAACUGAAGGAGCCUUACAAGAGGGCUAUGCAUUGCUCGAAUCAGCUCCUGGAUCAGAGAGUGUCAAAAGAAAAGUUGAAGAGAUUGAAAGUCGGAAAAUACAAUUGAAUGUCAUGUGUGUUGAAAGCAGUGAACGCAGUAUCAAAACUUCCAAAGUAUUGAAUAAUUUCUUGGAAAAACAGAAUCAGCUGUACUCAUGGCUGGUCUCAACCGCGCAGUCUUUCAUUCAAGGACACCAAGACAUGGGCAGUGUACUUGCGAUGGCCAAAGACUUUCUACAGCAACAUACUAAAAUGUUGAAUGAGCUUCAGAUGAAAAUCACAGAGAUCAACGCUCUCCUGUCAACAUUGCCGUCAACACUGGAGACUCUGGAUGCUGACAGCCAGAGGGAUUGCAAGGAGAAAGCCGAGGAGUUGGUCAGGCAGAGCGAUGUGCUGAAGGAAACCCUCGAACGCAGAACAGAGCUAGCGCGCACUUAUGUCAAAUUCCACAGUCUGGCUGUUGAGCUGGCCUCCGACAUGGACGCUCUCGAUGACAUCCUCCAACCAUCCACCAUCACUGGCAAUGCCCUCAAUAGUUGCAAGCAACGUUGGCUCAACGUGCAGCAGGUUUUCCUGCAGCUAGUCAACACGGGCACCAAUUUCACCGAAGAUUCUUACAAGGUCGGGGGGGCCAGGGACCCGCAUCUGGACGUCGAGCAUGCGCGUGUGAGCGUCGCGACGCUCAUCGAGCACUUCACGACGCGCAAGAGCGCGCUGACCACGCGUCACUCGCGCUGCGAACAGGCGCUCUUCACUCGCCAACAGACUGUCUCUCUCUGGCAACAAACCAUGGCUGACGCUAAUCAGACGGUUGAUUGGGUAUCAAAGCUGGAUGCCCAGCUUUAUCCAGUGAUGAAUGAAGAAAUAACAAGCUCAUCCCAAAUGUCCAAAGACAUUGAAUUCAAAAUGAAAACAGUGCUUCCCGAAGUGAAGAAAGCGUUGACCGAAGUCCAAUCACGGAUUAGUACUGCAAAUGAUCUUAUUGGAACAGGUGAAGUACCCAACAGGGAUGACUCAGUUCUUAUAAAACUCAAAGAACUUGAAGACAAGCUACAUGUCAUGAUAUCGGACUACCAAGUACUGUUGGAGAUGUUGAUAUCUUUUUUCAAUAACCUUUCUGAGCUGGAGAAUAAAUGUACAAAACCCACUGGAGUCCUUGGUGAAACUGUAUCUAUGGAUUCAGUGGACCAGAUGAUAAAGGAUCAUGAUGCCAAUCGACAAGCACUAUCUGAGCUAUUCAGAUUCACUCACUCAGAAAGUCUGCAUAUUAUAGACAAGAUUAAAUUACAGAGAGACAACAAGGAUCGCGACAAAAGGAUAUUCAUGCAGGUUGGUUUGAAUGGAGUUGAACUCAAUGCUUUGAUUGAUGCCAGGGCAGAAUUGUCAUAUAUCCCAGAACAAGCAUCUUCGGGCAACAUAGUGAUGGAUCACAGGAAUGGGAUGAAUGACUCUGAACGGCGGGCCACAAUUCAUGCCCCAGCCACCAACACAAGUGGUAACUCCGAGAGUGAUGUGGAAAAGUUAAUAGCACCCCCCACGGUCAUGGAUGUGGACGAGACAACACCACCCCCCACUGCCAUGGAUGUGGAGGAGUCCGUGCCACCCUCAAUGGAUAUGGACAUAGGAGAGCCAAUGCAGUGUGCGACUAUCAAUGAAGUAGUCCCACCAUCCCAGGAACCCACAUCAGGUCCCUCUAGGAGGAAGGAUCCAGUGUUCUGUAACCGAGUCUCGACACCUGUUGACAAAAAAGUUGAAACACCUACCUGUUCCAAUAAGAUCAUUCUUAUUGGAACAGGUGAAGUACCCAACAGGGAUGACUCAGUUCUUAUAAAACUCAAAGAACUUGAAGACAAGCUACAUGUCAUGAUAUCGGACUACCAAGUACUAUUGGAGAUGUUGAUAUCUUUUUUCAAUAACCUUUCUGAGCUGGAGAAUAAAUGUACAAAACCCACUGGAGUCCUUGGUGAAACUGUAUCUAUGAAUUCAGUGGAGCAGAUGAUAAAGGAUCAUGAUGCCAACCGACAAGCACUAUCUGAGCUAUUCAGAUUCACUCACUCAGAAAGUCUGCAUAUUAUAGACAAGAUUAAAGUUCAGGAGCCUGAACCAGCGCGGGAGAAAGACAUCAGCACGCUGCGGCGAAUGGUGGAGGAGAAACGCAGCCUGUGGGAGCGCGCAUGGACAGAGCGCCGCUUGGAGUUGGACCAGAGUCAGCAGCUGUGUCAGUUCGAUGUCGACUUGGAGCACAUCUACAACAACAUAGAGCAGCUGCAGCAGCAGCUGAUAGCCGUGCGCGGCCAGUACGGCGAGAGCCUCGCCACCGCCAAGGCCACCUCGCUCACCUUCCUCUACUUCGAGAAGACCAUCCAGCUGCUUCAACAGCGAAUAGAGACAUUUGUUAGUGCAGCUGAAGUGAUGUCCAAAACUGACGGACAUUCCUCGAAGCACAUUCAGGUUGAAGUGUCACGUCUGAGGAAGCGAUGGGAAGAGUUCGAGAAACAAGUUUCAGAAUCUCGACGACUCAUCGAUCUCAGUAUUCAGUUUUUCACACUUGUUGAAGAAGCUGAGGAUUGGUUCCGGGAAGGAAGCCAGUUACUUGUGACAAUAGCUAGGCGCUCAGCUGUGAGCAAAACACCUGAAGACGCCACUGAAAUGCUCAACGAACUCGAAAUAUUUUUCAAACCAGGAGAAUCAAUACAAGAUGAGAGGAUUAAUAAAAUCGCUGAUUUGGCUGAGCAACUUUUUGUUGGUGAAGCAAGACCUCCGGCACAAGUUGGUCAAGUACGAGAGGAGAGUAGAGAGAUGAAAACUUCCUUCCAACAAGUUACCAAAGAAUUGAAGUCGCUCUUGGAAGGCUACAAACAGCAACAACCUGAAAAAAUGGAAAUAACGGCCAGUGAACCACCCUCAAUUAUUAAACAAGAGCAGCACACCACUACUCAUGUUACAUCUAUAGAGAAAACUUCAAUAGAGGUGAUAGAAAAUGGUAUAACUACAGUGAGAAAACAAAAAUCGCCGAGUCCACCUCCAAAGAAAGCCAAAUACCAAGAAAUAGAAGCUGCCACAUCUCCGCCACAGUUCAGUCAGCCGCUGGCAGACGCCUUCAUAAAUGAAGGAAGCAGGUUCACAUUUCAGUGCCGAGUCGAUGGAAAACCUCUUCCUUCUGUUCAAUGGCUGAAGGAUGGAAUAUCGAUUGAAAACAAUCCCGACUACGUGACGAAAUUCAGUGAAGACGGUCUGUGCUCUCUGACCAUCGAGGAGACAUUCACUGAGGACUCGGCCUCAUUCACCUGCAGAGCCGUCAACGCGGCAGGCAGCACUGAUACCACUGCCAAACUCUCAGUCAAAGAGUGUGCCCCCGAAGUGGAGAUGAUCGGACCUGUGUUCCUGCAGCCGCUGUUGUCGGUGACAGGGGUGGAGGGGGGGAGCUGCAGUAUGAGUUGCCAGGUGGCCGGCACCCCCCUCCCCACCGUGCAGUGGCUGAAGGGUGACGUGUGCAUCGACCACAGCCCCGAUCACAGCAUCACCUUCAACAAUGGCCUGGCCGUCAUGACCAUAGACCAGUUGGCCACUGCCGACCAGGCCCAGUACACGUGCAAGGCGACCAAUCAGGUGGCCAGUGACUCCUCCACUGCUUGGCUCUUCGUCAAACCCAAAGAAUCACAAGAAUCGCCCAAAUUCAUUGCUCCGCUAUCAACGAAUCUCAUGGCCAGAGCUGGACAGAAGAUCAGGCUGGAAUGUCAAGUUACUGGAAAGCCGGCUCCAACUAUUACCUGGUCAUUCAAUGGCAAACCAAUCAAGGAAUCGACAGAUCUCCAGGUCUUAGUGGAGAAUGGAAACGCAGCUCUUGUAAUAAAUGAAGCCUACCCGAAAGACGCAGGUACUUACACGGUGAAUGCAGUGAACCCAGCGGGCGAAGCCUGCCAGUCUUGCCAGGUUUCUGUCAAAGGUGUGCUGCCAACUGAAACGUCCGACUCAGAAGUGGCCAGUGACAGUGAGCCAGUCAAGCCAGCCAUUCAGCUGCAGUUGAAGGACUGCGCUGUGUUUGAGGGCAUGAAAGUCAGGCUGGACUGUGUCAUUGUCGGACAUCCUGAACCUGAGGUAAUUUGGUACCAUGAGGAACGGCCAGUGAAGGAAUCUGAAGACUUCCAGCUUCUAUUCCACGGAGAUCGAUGCUCAUUGAUCAUCCAGGAAGCCUACGUUGAGGACAGUGGAGAAUAUAAAGUGGUCGCCAUCAACUCAGCUGGAGAAGCAUCGAGCAAGUGCACAUUGACUGUUCAGAGUGUAGGAGGUGCAGACGUGAAAGGUGCCAGCAGACAGACGGUGACGACUGAGAAGAGGAAGGUGGAGAUGACGGUGAUGCCCAAGUUCAGCCAGCUGCUGACUGAUGUGAUGGUGCCAGCCGGGGAGAGUGUCACACUAGAGUGCACUGUCACAGGGCAGCCCAUGCCGGUCGUCGUCUGGUUGCACAAUAGUCGCCCCGUUGCAUUGUCUGACCGCGUCAAGUGGGAGCAAACAGCCGACGGCCACUGCACCCUGCACAUUGCCAAUGUGACCGUGGAGGACAAAGGCAACUACACAGCCCUGGUGCAGAGCAAGAUGGGUGAAGCCAAGUGUUUUGCGCACCUCAUAGUGAAGGGCUCAAUGUCCGAGCAAGAGACAGAAGCCAAGGUGAAGCAUGACGACCGCCCUGUCCUGCCAUCAUUCACCGAACUCUUCUCUGAUACAAUCGUCUGCCUUGGCGAACCCACCAAGUUCGAGUGCAUUGUGGCUGGCAAACCCACGCCCAAGGUACGUUGGCUGUUCAACGACAAACCAGUGGCAGGAAAAGACAUGCUGAUUUCAACGAGUGGGCCGCGUCAAGUUCUGUCCAUCCCUUCGGUGACAAGUGACACGGCCGGACAAAUAACUUGUGUCGCAGAGAAUGAAGCCGGCAAAGCAGCAUGCACUGCAAAACUUGCUUUAUCUGAUGCACCGAUUGACAUCCUACUGCCAACACUGGAGAACAUAAAGCUGUCGGAGACGGAGGGGGGGCUGGAGAUGCGGCGUCACGUGGUCAGUGAGUCGAGCAGCAGUCGCGUGUUCACCAGUGGUACCACCAUCACCAGCAGUGGUACCACCAUCACCAGCAGUCAUGGCGUUGAUCAGCAGCAGCCCACUGUGCAGAUUCAGUCGCUGUCCUCCCGCUCUGAAGUGGCCUCGCACAAGAUUGGCGAUCAACCCGCUGUACAGGUUGAGCGUCAUGAGACAAUGGAGUAUCAGCAGAAAGAUGGAUUAGUUAGUGAACAGAAGACGGAACUGAAGAGCAAAUCCAUCGGGGGAGUGACCAGCCUCGAUAAAAGUUCCUCCACCUCCGCCAUACAACCUGUCAAGAGGAAACUCAUUCCGCCCAAGUUUUCGACACUAGUCAUGGGCAAAAUCGUUGAUCAAGGAGUAGAUGUUUCAUUGGAAGGCAUUGUAGAUGGUUUCCCACAACCUGAUGUCAAGUGGUUGAGGAAUGGAGAGGAGUUACAUUCUGGAGCUAAUCUUAAUAUCUCUCAAGAUCUGAACCGAGUUAAAUUGACAAUUUGCAGUGUAUCUGCAUCAGAUGCUGGUAAAUACACAUGCACCGCUUCCAAUUCCGCAGGCUCAGCUUCAUGUACAGCUGACUUGGUCGUGAAGAAGACUGUAUUCCCGCCCGUGAUGGGACGCAGACUGCAAGCUUCGGCGCGGACGGUUGGCGAACGAAUCGUGAUGGAAAUUGAGGUGACCGGAACUCCCGACCCGGAAGUGAAGUGGUACAAGGAUGGUCAGCAGAUUCCUGCCUCAUCUUCCAUGUUCGAGUUGAGACACUAUGGCAACUGUCAUGCCCUUGUUAUUGAAAAAGCGACACAAAGUCAUUCUGGAAAGUACACGGCUUGUGCAGUGAAUAGUGCAGGCGAAUCAAAGAGCACGGCCGACCUAUUAGUGCAGCAGCCUCAGCUGCCAAUGGACAUCAUUGAACAGACCACAACCAACAUCACCUCCUCUCAUCAGGUUAUCCACCAUCCACAACCCAUGAAAUCUAUUGAAAAUAUCACUUCUUCUGAAUCGCUACACAAGGACUCGCACAAAGAACUAUUUGAAAAGAGCUUGCAGACAUCAAAUGGAUCAGCAAAGGAGAUUCGCCUGGGAGAUACAGUCAGUGUGAUAGAGACAGUGAAAACAGACAAACAAGUCUCUUUGAAGCUGUCACAUUCAUCAGCAGCCUCUUCUUGGUCUGAUGAGAAGUUAGAGUUCUCGUCAUAUGGAAAGAAAACUCCAAUUCCUAUCAUUGAAUCUCCUCUUCCUUUCCAUCCUCCUACACCUUACAUCAAAGAGGAAAUAACCACAAUAACACCUGAAAUGCAACAGGUGCACCCAACUGAACAAGAAACAGUCAGUGGAGACAUGUCCACUAUUGAGGAAUCUCACAUUGCCAAGAAAGAUGCUCUGAACUUUUUCAAGAAUAUUAUAAGUGAAAAUCGAAUGGAAGAACAGAAACUACAUCAGCAAAUGUCGAAGAGCACUGUUAGUAAUGAGCCAAGACCUUUAUUCAAAGAACCACUCUUCAAUCAAGAAUAUUCAAGAACUGAACAGUCUUCUAUCAAAUCUGAGCAGUCCAUAAUUCAGCAGCAAAUCGAUCAGCCAGAUUCGUUGUUCGACCUUGAGCCAGGUCCUCCUCCAGAAAUGGGGUUCAUACCCAAAACACCAACUACCACAUUGAAAAAGGAAGAUGUCUUUGAAAGAGUCAAGAAGCUAGAAGAAUCGCAUAGAACACUUGCAGAUGAAGAAAUUCCAACUGGUGCAGUGAAGAUUUUCCCAUCAUCAGGCAAGUCUGAACCUUCAGUCUCUGCUAUAUCUUCAUCCAUUCCAACCACUGUGCAAGCUGCAGCUGCUUUCACUCCAUCUCUAUUCAUGCCGCAAAACUAUGAUACACAAUUUCAAGAAAAAUCUGUUGCUUCAAGUAAAACAGAAGUUUUUGAAGAAGUCAUUGUUCCAGAGAAAGUAGAACCUGCAGGAUCUGAUGAGAAAACAGUUUUAAAAAAAAGUCAUUUUUUAGAAAACUCUUCAAAUUUUGAAUCUUCACUGAGUCCAGUAUUCAGACCUCAAGCGGACAUCAGUGUGAGGCCACAGUCCCCUAGGCCAUCAGCAGAGGCAGUUUCAAUGGAGAAGCUAUGGACAUCACGCCAAAAGGAGACCGUUGAAAUAUCACAAUCUUCACAAGGAGUAUGGAAACCAGCAACCCCAGAGCCAGUCCAACAGCCGACAUGGAAACCUCCCCCUCCUGUUAUGACAGAGCAACCAACUUUCAAAACCCCAGAGCCAGUUCAGCAACCAACAUGGAAACCUCCCCCUCCUGUUAUGACAGAGCAACCAACUUUCAAAACCCCAGAGCCAGUCCAACAACCAACAUGGAAACCUUCACCUCCCAUUGUGACAGAGCAGCCUCCUUUCAAACCCCCUACACCUGAGCCUGUGAAAGAACCUCUAUGGAAACAUGUGCAACCUCCCGAACAGCCAGUUUGGAAACCUGUUGCUCCACCAGCUUCCCCACAACCAGUUAUAAAGCCAAUCCCCAAACCUGUAGAAAAGCCUGCUUGGCAACCGCCACCUCCUCAGAUCGAGUCAACCCUCCCUCCAUGGCAAUCUGCUCCUCCAGAACCUCAUCUUAGAUCAUCCUCCCCAUUGCCCUCAGCUGACGCUGUAGCAAUGGAAAAACUUUGGUCUCAUAAGCAUUCUGAAUCGUCAUUAAAAACUGUAUGGCCUCCUCCUCUUCCUACUGAUCUCAAGCAACAGGCUCCAUGGGUUGAGAAAAUAAAAACCGACCUGCCGAUGCCAGUGUCUGAAGUUCAAACAAUAAAUUUUGAGAAAGAACAGAAAUCUUCGAGUCAUACAUCAUUCACAGAGAAAGUUUCAAAAGAAACUAAAUCAUUUAGUUCACAAUUCAAAAGUCAAGAAUUUUCCAGCAAUGUCAGUCACACUCCGUCAUUUAUUCCUCAGAAACCAUUGCCACCACCACCAGCAGUGGAUGCCCCAAAGAUCAUUUAUGUAGCUGAGGCUCAUGCUUCUCAUUCCUUGAAUCUACCAUCACAACAAAUCAGCAAUGUAUCAGAAAUAUCCUCCAGUUCAAUAUCAAAGUCUGAAUACAGUGAAACUAUUCAAAAUGUGUCUAAUGUUGUAGAAGAGAGAACACUGAAACCCUCAGAAGCCAAAGCUCUAUGGGACUCAACUCCCAAAAAUCAAGAUAGCUAUGUUCCACCUCCCAAAAAAGUCCAACCAAAAGAAACAAAACCAUUCAGACCUUAUUCCGCUCACGAGUUGAACUUUGAUGACCUUCAUUUGGAGCCAGGCCCACCUCCUGAAAUGGGCUUUGCUCAGCCACCAGCACUCGAUAGGAGGCUAUCACAAAUAGAACUGAUAGAGCAGGACUUGGAAAAAGACUUGGAGAAGGAACCUUCUAGACAGUUGGUUGGUGCAGUCAGAAUUAUUCCUCCCCCAAAGAAAGAAGCAUCAGUCGAGCGCAGCACUGCUGCCAGUACAAUUCAACAAACCAACAUUUCAAAGCAAAGUAAAAGAGUAGAGUUCAAAAGGUCAACUUCUCUGGAUAAAGACAGUAAGUUGUUGGAUCUAGAGCCUUUCCCAUUUAAGCCAGAGCCUGAAAAACCAAGACCAAAAGUGUUUGGAAAGGUUCCAAAGCCAUCUAAAUUUGUGAAAAAGAGUUUCACUGAAAGCGAUUAUGAAAGUGAUGUGGAAAGGGCUCGAAUUCCACCAAUCUGGACACCGUAUGAAAGUGAUUCUGAAGGACCAACCUACCGCAAAGUGAGACCGAAUUUGACAAAGAUGCAGCCGAAACGGCCGCACUCUGUGGCCGCGGUUGGCGAUGUUGCACCGCCCUCUCACUUCGAGAAGCCUCAACCUCUGUUAGGCCCCUCCACGCCGACACUGCCUACUGCUCUCAAUAAACAACAACUAUCAGAAAGUAAGUUCCAAGAAACCAAAGUCGAUAUCCAAAGUAAGAACACAAUUGUAAGACAGUUCCAGUCGUCCUCUGUAGAGAAGUCAUCCUGCACGUCAUCAACUCUUCCUGUAGCUUCAGAACCCAGUAGAUCACCCGAAGUAGAAAAGCCAAAACAAGAAUCUCCAAAGACCAAGCAGAAAGUUUUGAAAGUGGCUGCUCCUGAAAGUGGCUACAUGGCAGAUACUGAUGAGCCGAGGAACUCGCUCUCCCAAAUGUCUUCAACGUUCUCCAGCAGUCAGUCCCAAACUCACUCCCAACAGACCAUUUCCAGUAUCAUCAAACCUUCGACUCAAAAACAGUCUUUGUGGAAACCGUCUGUUCCUCCCUCCAUGAGUGCUGCUGUAAACCAGGAGUCAGUAAGCAGUCAAGUAGUGGAACAGACUAAGCUGUUAGUGAGCCAACAACAGCAGCAGCAGCGACCAGCCAAGCGAAGUGUAGGACCUCCACCUUGCAGUCCGUCAAAGUUCGUCAAAGGCGAAUUCCGAGAGAGUGACUACGAGAGUGACUACGAAGGACGAAUACCAGUCAAAUGGCGACCGUCACAGAAUACUCCCGAUGUUGAGAAUAGAGAAUUCAAACCAGUCCAUCCCGUGCUACAAGUUUCAAAACGGCUGGGUUCGAAUAGAGAUGGAAGAUCACCGACACCGCCGUCAGCCUUCGAUGUACCUCCACAGACCAACUCCUUCACAAGAACCAAAGACAUUUUCGAAAACUCCCAAUUAGUGAAACCGAAAGCAUUGACCGCAGUUACGGUAGCAGGUUUCCCAUUGAAACCCGGGUCACCGCCGAAAAUGGAUUAUGCUGCACCCUCUCCCUCCUACUACAAAAUCCCGACUGGCAGUGUAGGCCUGGAAACGUCAAACACGAUGAGCUUUGCCGAAGCGACCGAGUCCAGUAAGCGUGUUGUGAGCAUGCAGCAAACAACGCGUGUCAUCAAAUUCGACGACAAAAAGACUAAACGAUCGUCGCAGGUGAUUAGGCCUGUGACCAGUGAUGUGGAAAGUGACUACGAGUCGAGCAAAGUGAAGACUAGCUGGCCGCCGGAGAAUCCUCUGCAGUUUGAGGCGGAACAGAAGCGACUGCAGCGAGUGGAGGAGAUGAGGAGGAGAUUCAGUGAUAAGACGUCCACUCCUCCCCUUCUCACCCCUGGCGAGCCGCCUCAGUACGGAUUCAUCGAGCCUGUCACAACCGUGGGGCAGUCCACCGUUGAUGCCUCAAGCAUAGCAAAUAAGCACAUGAAUGAAAUGUCUCACUCGUUCAAAUCCAAAGCUCAAAAGUUUGCUUCCGAUGUGAUGACUGAUGUUCAAGUGACUAAACACGGCAAGACAGAGAACUCACUGCAAAACACAUCUACAGACAAGACAGACGACAGUCAAGCUUACAGAGAAGAAUCAAGGCUAUCAGAAUACGGUAAGAAACAUAUAGACCCAGACACAGGACUCAUCUAUUUCAAAUACGAUUUCGGAUAUGAGUUUGGCGUGGUGAUGCCUGGUGAGGGAAAACAGGGCAGCACAGACAAAGGCUCGGUAGCCACCAGAAUGAAGCCAGAGAGCACAGAAGGCAGUGUCCCGGUUCCUGUGAUCCACGAAACAACCAGAAAAGCAAUUACAUCGGACUCGUCUGCCAAGCGGCUGGCGGCUAAGAGUGUCAAAUGGGAACAAACCUCGGAAAGCGAGUUGUCCGAUACGGGCUUCGAUGUGGCAAGGAGAAAAAAACAGCCGCCUCAUCCUCAGUUUGAGCCUCAUAUUCUCAUUCCACAUACACCCAGUCCACAGUCACUGUCGCCUAGCCUCCACUCUCUGUCUCCAUACUUCACACAUGGAAAUGAUUUAGCAGUAUCGCCUGGUAGCUCGUUAGCUAGUGGAUUGAGCCCUGGAGGAGUGAAUGCUGGAGCCUCCCCCGUAGUCAAUCCGAGCACCGUACCGGAACACGCUCGUAAGGCUCCACUCUUUAUCACUCCUCUCCGUAACAUAGCAGUAUUAACUGGGAAUGCGGCUCGCUUCGAAUGCAUAGUGCAAGCUGAGCCGGCACCGAACAUCCUGUGGGCGCACGACGGCAGAAUCCUGCAGCCAUCCGACAUGCACAACAUCGAGUUCCGCAAUGGCGUUUGCCGUCUGACUAUGCCCAAAGCUGAACUCAGUGAUGGUGGAACGUAUACGUGCACUGCUACCAACCUGCUAGGCACUUCCGGCACGACUGCCUCGUUACAAGUAUCAGGUGAGCGACGCUCUCUUCUUGUCUAAGCGAUCACUUACUUGUCUUCCACGCACGUCGAGUCAGCUCAAUUUAUGCCUUCUAAUUGGUCGAUAAACUGCCAUCUGUAAACGUUAACGCACAUUUUUCGAACGAUUAUCGAACUUCUUAGUUUUAUACAAAUUGAUAAUGUGGAGUUGGUUUAAAAAGCUAUCACUAUUGGAAUUAUAUUUCUUAUUUUUACAGUAAUGGUUUGAAAGGAAGAAGGUUGAAAAGAGUAACUGAUGUUGACAAUAAUGUUUUGGAUCGAGUUUAAAACUAGUCUUAUUUCAUUCAUAAAUCGUCAAAAUGUUUUAUUUCACACUUUGUCACAGAAAUCAAACUCUUCUCCAAGUGACUGUUCAUUCACUGCCUAGUGUUUCUUAUAAUCUGAAUGUAUGAUUUAGUAUUAUAAUAUUUUCGUCAAGUACUCAUAAUUAUUUGAAUUUAUUGGACUCGUAAAGUUGGAAUUCUUUUAUCUUACUGAAAAGACCUAUUCUAAUUUCUCUGGUUCUGGAAACUGUAUGCUCUAUCUAUACGUGAAUGGCUUCUUUAUGAUAUAAAAUUGCAAACAUUUUAAUCUUUUAUCUAUGUUUCAAGUUCAUUCUUUCUUAUUGAAAUGAACUUUUCUGUAGUACUUAUCCUAUCCAACAAACAAAUUACUUCUCCCAGUUAUAAUAUUCUUAUUUCUGGAGAGUAAUUUUUGUUCUUAUUAUACGAAAUGAUUUUGUAGCAUGUUGAAGUUAAUUAUAAUCGUCCUACAUCUUUACUCCUUCACCAUUAAUUAUUCAAGAAACUCCUAGAAUUUUAAACUAUGUCUCUGUAUUUUUCUUUCUUAAACUCUGUAAUUAGAUCUAGAAUAAAAUUGAACCUCUUCAAGUAGUUUAGCUCUACUAAUUGUGCAAUACAAACUAUCUCUUAUUAAUUGUGGUGAUGGUUUAGUGGACUGCUGUUGAAAAAGUUCAGAACAGAAUUUUUCCAAUAAAGGUAAAUUGGUAUUAUCUGGUAAAUGUAAUUAAUACAGUAAUGUAAUCACUGGUGCUUUCUCUGUUAUGUAUGUUGGCUUUCAUUUAUAUCCACAUUUAAAAUAUAUCUGCUCUCAUUAUAAUUGUAUGUGAAUAUUUAUAUCUUUUGUUGUUGAUGGUAUGGUAGUUGUUGGUUGUGGAUUAAAUAAAAUGUAUUCUACUUUU